AUGGAGGAUUUAGGCAAGCGCUACUUUGACGAGUUACUGACAUUCUCAUUCCUCCAAGUACAAAGAACAAUCAUUGGUACUGAGCAAUUCACAAUUCAUGAUCUGCUGCAUGAGCUGGCGGAGAGGGUUGCUGGAACUGACUUCUUCAGAAUUUAUGUUAAUGGCUUGCCAAAAGAUAUCCCAACAGAGGUCCGGCAUCUGUUUAUUGAGACCCAUGAUAGAGCAGAUAUCACAGGGAAACUUGUGGGGUUGGGAAAUCUUCGCACCCUGAUCCUUGAGGAGUUGGGCGGGAGUAUGGCUAAAAUGGUUGCAGCACCUUUUAAAUACAGUGAAAAUGACUUGAUUUUCGAAGAUGUCUUUGAGAGUAUGCUGAUGAGGCUGAGGAAACUGCGGGUCCUGAUCGUUAAAGUACGAGGGCACCAUAAACUAGUGUUCUCAAUCCCAGCAUCCAUUGAUUAG